UAAUGGCAAUAAAAGAAGAAAAAAAGUGCAAUUAAUUUCUGCAUGCAAGAAAGAUCGAUAAAGCGAAUACAACCUCCUAACAUUCUGACGUGACGAUGGCUGCUGGAGUAGAAGGAGAUAAGUUUCUGUUCACUUCAGAGAGUGUGGGAGAAGGUCACCCAGAUAAGAUCUGUGACCAGGUGUCUGAUGCUAUACUGGACGCUUGUCUAGCUCAGGACCCGUACAGCAAAGUUGCGUGUGAGACGGCCACUAAGACUGGCAUGAUUAUAAUUCUUGGAGAGAUUUCUAGCAAAUCUGUUGUCGAUUAUCCGACAAUAGUCCGAAAGACGGUCGAGCAAAUCGGCUAUGAUGACUCGAAUAAAGGCUUUGACUACAAGACCUGCAAUGUACUGACAGCCAUUGAGAAACAAUCAGCAGAGAUUGCAGAUAGUGUUCACGUGGGCAAGUCUGAUGAUGACCUAGGAGCUGGAGAUCAGGGUCUGAUGUACGGCUAUGCCACGGACGAGACGGAUGAGUACAUGCCGCUCACUGUCGUCCUAUCUCAUAACCUUAACAAGAAAAUGGCAGAGCUACGACGUGACGGAACGUUGGCAUGGUUACGACCCGACAGCAAGACACAGGUGACGGUGGAGUAUGAGAUGCGAGGGGGCGGGUGUGUCCCUCUGCGUGUGCACACGAUUGUCAUCUCCACUCAACACGAUGAGACAGUCACACUCCAGCAACUACGUGAUGGUAUCAUGGAGAAGGUUGUCAAGGCCGUGAUUCCUGCUAAGUUCUUGGAUGACAAGACUGUGUACCACAUUCAACCGUCAGGCAGCUUUGUGGUGGGCGGACCUCAGGGUGAUGCUGGUCUGACAGGUCGUAAGAUCAUAGUGGACACAUACGGAGGGUGGGGUGCACACGGGGGCGGGGCUUUCUCUGGGAAAGACCCGUCAAAGGUCGAUAGGUCAGCUGCUUAUGCUGGACGCUGGAUUGCCAAGUCACUUGUGGCAGCAGGACUGGCCAAACGUGUGCUUAUACAGAUCUCCUACUCCAUUGGUAUUGCCGAGCCCCUCUCCAUCUACAUCGACACGUACGGCUCUGGCACUAAGACCAAUAAAGAACUACUCGCAAUCGUUAACAAAAACUUUGAUCUUCGUCCUGGAGUCAUCAUUAGGGAGCUGGACCUACGCAAACCCAUCUACCAACGUACUGCGUGUUACGGACACUUUGGGAGGUCAGAGUUCAUGUGGGAAAAGCCCAAGAAGCUAGUUUUAUAAAAAGACAGAACUCUUGUAGACAAUAAAGACUGUUUAUUUUGUGUGUGUGUGAAUUGUGGCUAUUGUGUGUGUGUGGGCGUUGUGUUUAUGAGGUAUGAACAUAGCCUCGAUUCCAA